GCUCAGACAGCUGCGUAUCGUAUGAUUAUUGAUGUCUUGGCAUCAUAUAGUUUGUGAAAACUUAUUCAUUGGGAGGUUUGAUUUUUCAAUGGUACUGAACAAGUAAUCGAAGGAAUGAAACGCAUUACGGUCAUUUUCCUCUUAUUGGGAUGUCAUUUAUCCUGUUUCCAUUCCCUGCCUACAGGAAAUAGUCACAUGGGAUGCCGAAUAGUACAUUCUCCUGUUGGAAUCAUUUCUGAAUUCGUAGCUCUGGACCAUGAAUUUAAUUUUUGUUGGAUCAUACCUGUUUCUACUGGAAAGUAUAUUGAAAUUAAAAUGAAUAACUUGACAUUACAGCGAGAUUGUUUCUCGAAUUAUGUGGAAAUUUCCUCUGCCGAAAAAGAAGAAAAAUAUAAAUUUUGUCAAUUUUCGUCAAAUUCUGUUACACUACUGAGCAAUGUUACUAUAAUGUACAAAGAAAGUGCAGUGGACACAUUUUAUGACUAUGGGAGAAUAUCUGGUUUUCGUUUAGAAUAUAUUAUUAGAGACAUCGAGUGCGUUAAUAAAGGCAGCUUCAGAUGCAGCAAUACUUCCUGCAUCCCGCAAGCUGAAGUCUGCGACGGCAUAAAGGACUGUGAAAACGGAGCUGAUGAAGUUGGAUGUGAAACUGGAGUUUUGUCUCUAUCAGGCGUAGCAGAAGCUCGAAGGAAAGCUAUCUCCUGGCUCAGAAAAGAAAGACUUGCGUCUUGGGGUUGGCGCGAUUACACACCGAGGGGUGUUGUCGCCCUCUAUUUAGCUUCAAAUGUAACCUUCAAUGGGACGAUUUUGGAGGAAGAGUUGAUGGCAAAAGAAACAGAAAUAAAAACUGCAGUUGCUCUGCUGAGACCUGCAUUAACGAACAGUGAAUUAAGCAUGUUCAUCCAUUCACUUCUGGUAACAUGCCACAAUCCACGAGAUUUCUACGGCAACAACCUGAUAAAACGACUGAAAGAACAGGUCGAAGAAUCGCCAAAAGCUCCUCAUCCGAUCUCUUAUCUAGCUCUUUGUAAUGCACGCGAAUCCUGGCCUGUGAAAGCUGAAUCAGAUCUAAGAUCCAUUCUGAACAGCAGCUUGGAGUAUCCUUUCGUAAAAGAUCUUCAAGCAAUGGCUAUUCUGGCUCUAUCAUGCAAAGCUAACAGCACUGGCAGCUCGGAUGCCUCUUUUACCUCAACUACUUCAAAGCUAUACAAACAAGUUUCUGAAAAUCUGAAAGGCUUCCAACUGCAGGACGGGAGCUUUGGAAAUCUUCACACGACAGCUUUAAUCACUCAAGCUCUCAUUUCUAGCGGGCUAGAAGGCAGCAAAGACUGGUCGUUGAACGCUACGAUUCAAUACUUGAUGAAAGAGUUGGAUUCUCCGUCUGUCGAUUUCUUGUCAGUGUAUUUGACUUUACCCAUUUUAAACGGGAAAAGCCUCAUGGAUGUAUACAAGGUGAACUGUUCUGCUAAUCCCAGGAAGAACGAUGAAGAUCCCGUUUCAGCAGUGAAUGAAUUCCUUGGACCCAAAAUGCGCGUGCAGUACACUUUAUACAUAGGGGAUAAAAAGGAUGUUGUACACACCAUUUCGCUGAGAGUUCCAGAAAAUUACACGGCUUUUCAAAUCAUGCAGUUGGCCGAAAUUGAAGAUCAGAAAUACAAAUUUGAGUGGAAAGUAAUGUUUGGAAAGAUGUAUGUGCACAAGAUAGCAAACAUCUCAAAUGAUCCAGAAACAGGGAAAUUCUGGUUGCUGUAUGUGGGCUCAAACAAUGAAACGGAGACUUUGACGCAUUUCGCUACCGGUCCUGAUAAUGUUGUUAUGAAAGAUGAGCAGGAGUUGAUUUUCUGGUUUAAAACUGCAAACAUCUGAGCUCGGCGGAGUGCACACUGUUGUAGAAACAAGAUAAAAUGUCUCAUGCUAUUCAUACAACGUUUAAAAAAUUCUUUGAAUGCUAUUUUUCAUUGUCUCAUUAUCUGAUUUUUCUAAACAAUUUUGAAAUAAAAUUUUGCGAUAACAUUUA